AAAACAAGCUAAUGCUCAGACCAAAUUCAAAAUCAAAAGGUUUCCUGCUGUUUUGACCACCCUAUUCCUGAAUAUAGAUGGGAGAAAUACAAGAGCUGAACUUCGAAAAGACAGGUGUCGAAGAAGAUGAAGAACGCGUAAUCCCUCAACCCAAAAACAAGAAACGGUGGGUUUCGACGGUUGUCUAUACGCUCUUUGUCCUAGUUGGACAAUCAAGCGCAACUCUUCUCGGGAGGCUGUACUACACCGAGGGAGGCAACUCCGUAUUAGUUGCAGCCCUUUUAGAAACCGUUGGAUUCCCAAUCUUGAUCCCAUUUGCCAUCUACUUCUCCUCACGAAAUCAUCUCUCCAAGAACAAUCCACCGAUUAGCAAUCAGCCUUCCGAUCUGCUGAUCAAAUCAUUUGUUUACGCCAUUCUCGGGUUGUUCCAAGCAGCGACCGCGGUUCUAUACUCUAUCGGGCUUCAAAAUUUGCCCGUGUCGACUUUUUCGUUAAUCAACUCCACUCAAUUGGGCUUCAAUGCUGUCUUCGCGUUUUUCUUCAACGCGCAAAAGUUCACUCCUUUGAUACUCAAUGCACUAGUUUUGGUCACUGUCUCGUCAGCCCUACUCAUUUUCCAAGACGAUACCACCGGAGAAAACCCGAAUGGAAAGUCGAAAACGGGCCGUUUUGUGGUGGGGUUUUCAUGCACGCUCGUUGCUUCGGCUUUGUACUCGUUAAUGCUGUCGAUGACGCAGCUGUUUUUUCAGAAGGUUCUAAAGAGGGAAACAUUUUCGACUGUGUUGAAAAUGAUAGUUUACCAAUCCAUGGUGGCGACUUUUGUUGUUACGGUACCACUGUUUACCAGAGGAGAGUGGAGUUCUUUGAGGAGCGAGAUGGAAACUUUCGAAACGGGGAAGGUAACUUACGUGGCGGUUUUGGCGAUGAUCGGAUUGGCGUGGCAAGUGUACGCUAUUGGAACAGUUGGAUUAGUGUUUGAGGUUUCGUCGCUGUUUUCGAAUGUCAUCGGUGCCGUUUGUUUACCUAUUGUGCCUAUUAUGGCAGCCAUUUUCUUUCAAGAAAAGAUGAAUGGGAUUAAGGUGAUUUCUACAUUAUUGGCGGUUUGGGGAUUCGUUUCGUAUGUUUAUCAGCAUUAUCUUGACAGUUGCAAGAAAACGAGUGGUGGUGGUGGUGGAGAAGUCGAAACUGUACUACGAGAAUCGGAAAACUUCAUCAAGCAAGAAUAUCGAAUAUGAUUAAUCAAUCUCUGUUUUUAAUCUUUUUAUAGUAGCUAUGUAGUUUUACUUUCUUGAUUAAAUCAUGUUAUGUAUUCCAAGACUUCAAGCUAGAAACUUUAUAUCAAGGAUCAAACAAUGUAGUGUAGUCCCGCGGUUUCCCAGCCGUAGUCACCGGGGAACUCGCCGGUGAGGUAGCUAGGGACUUCGCCGGAGAAUGGGGCCAUUGUAAUAAAUUUCUUAUUGCCUUAUGUAAAUCACAUUGUUGUUAAUGCCAAAAACUCACAUUUCCAUUUACAUUUAGUCAUUUACACACAAU